AUGAAAGGGGUAGGCAAGGACAUGGUUGAUUACCUACAAGACUAUCAGUUCGGGGUAGGUGUUUCUGGGGGUGCAGAGGCAAUCCUUCAUGAUGUGAACAUGUUUGUCAAUAAACACCACAUGAAUGAUAAGCUUACUAUGUUAACAGUGGACUUCACAAAUGCUUUCAACCUUGUUGACCGUACGACUAUGCUUUUUGAGGUGCGCAAGUCAUGCCCUUCCAUAUCACCAUGGGUUGAAUACUUAUAUGGGCAUCCCGCAAGACUGUAUGUGGGGGAUUACCACAUCUUUUCCUCUAAGGGGGUACAACAGGGCGACCCAUUGGGGCCGUUGUUAUUUUCUCUAGUGCUCCACCAGCUUGUAAGGAAAAUAAAUGUGGAAUGUACAUUAUCCUUACAGGCUUGGUACCUUGACGAUGGCACUAUUAUUGGUGACACAGCAGAAGUAGCGAAAGCUCUUACAGUUGUUCAGACGGAAGGGUCAACAUUAGGGCUUAUUUUGAACAUUAAGAAAACAGAAAUUUUAUGGCCUUCUUGUGAUGGACGAAAGUUAAGAGUUGGGAUGUUCCCUGCUGAAAUUUCAAGUCCAAAUAAUGGUGUUAAGUUAUUGGGAGGUCCAGUCAGCUUAGAUGAUGGGUUUUUGAAAGGCCUUGCCAUAAAGAGAGCAGAGAAAGCAGUUGAACUAAUGCAGGUUUUAUCAAAGCUCCGUGAUCCUCAAAGUGAAUUAUUACUUUUACGUGCAUGCAUGGGUAUUUCCAAAUUGUUAUUUGGACUUCGUAUUUUCCAUCCAGAAUACGUCAUGGAGGCAGUCGACAUUUUUGAUAAAGGCUUGAGAGAAGUGAUUGAGGGCAUAGUGGUUUGUGGGGGUCCGUUCUUUGGAGAGCUACAAUGGAGGUUAUCUACACUGCCAAUUAGAUACGGAGAGCUGGGCAUAUAUACUGAUAGAGAGGCUUACCGAUAUUCCUUCCUAUCAUCACGUGUCCAAACUUUGGGGUUGCAGGAUCAUAAGUUAAGGAGUGGGGAGGUAGAAUUCAUGGAUGACAACUUUAACAAGGCUCUGAUGACGUUACAAGCAACUCUCCCUGAUUUUGACUUUAGCAUCUUUACUAGUAAAGACACCGCGCCCACUAAAACCCAAAGUACUUUGGCGUAA